AUGUUGCGACAAGUGAAACCGAAAAACGCUCGGGCCAAGCGAGCCGUCGAUGCCAAGGAGCCCAAGAUUGUCGAGAACACAAAGCAGGCGCUGUUUGUGCCCGGCCAGACCUCCAACCAGCUUCUUCACGAUGCCAUGGUGGAUCUUUGUGCUCUCAAGCUGCCCGAUGGCAAGCGAUUCAACAAGAAGAACGAAAUCAACCCCUUUGAGGAUGUGUCCUCGUUGGAAUUCUUCUCGGAAAAAAACGACACAUCUCUGCUGGUCUUUUCGUCGUCUAACAAGAAGCGACCCAACAACCUGACCUGGAUCCGAACGUUUGGAUACCAGCUCUUCGACAUGAUCGAGCUGCAGAUUGUCAACCACCGACUGUUACGAGAUUUCAAGGCCCAGACUGUGGGUGUGGGUCUCAAGCCCAUGUUUACCUUCAACGGUACCGGCUUUGAAACCGACCCUGUUCUGAUGCAUGUCAAGUCUCUGUUUCUGGACUUCUUCCGAGGCGAUACCACCGAUCUGCAGGAUGCUGCCGGUCUGCAAUAUAUCAUUUCAAUCUCUGCCGGCGAGGUGCAGGAAGACAAGCCUCUGCCUCUGAUCAACUUCCGAGUUUACAAGAUCCGAUCUUUCCGAUCUGGCCAGAAGCUUCCUCGAAUCGAGCUGCAAGAAAUCGGCCCCCGAUUCGACUUCAAGAUUGGCCGACGACAGGCUGCUGCUCCUGACGUGGAGAAGGAGGCUCUGCGAGUGCCUGAGCAGCUGCGACAGAAGACCAAGAAGAACGUGGAGGUGGACAACAUGGGUGACAAGAUUGGCCGAGUCCACGUGGGUAAGCAGGAUCUGGGCAAGCUGCAGACCCGUAAGAUGAAGGGUCUCAAGAAGAAGUACGACCAGGUCGAGGACGACGAGGAAGCCGAUGACGAGGUGGUCACCACCAAGAAGGCCCGAGUGGAAGAGGAGGAGUAUUUUAAUGAGUAA